AUGCCCGCGGAGGCGGCGAGCAGCGGCGGCGUUUCGGAGCCUCCCGGAGCCCCGCGGGAGCGGCGGAGGAGACGCGGCCGUGCGCGGGCGCGGACCGAAGCUUUGCUUCACACCCUCAAACGGAGCCGUCGGGUGAAAGCCAACGACCGGGAGCGGAACCGCAUGCACCACCUCAACGCCGCGCUGGAUGAACUCCGCAGCGUCUUGCCGACCUUCCCCGACGACACCAAACUCACCAAAAUCGAAACCCUGCGCUUCGCUUACAACUACAUCUGGGCCCUCUCCGAGACCCUCCGUUUGGCCGAGCAGUGCCUCCCUCCUCCUCCCGCCUUCCGCGGGCCCCCCGCACCCCCCAGCCCCGGCAGCGACGCCG